UCUCCCUCUUUGUAACAACAACAAGCAGGCGUGAUCUUCAACCACCACCACCACCACCACCCACCACUCUCUUUCUGACGCCAGCAAGUUGCUGUUGUCGCUGUUGGUGAUGGCGACGGCAAACGGGGAUUCGUCCAAAAGCAUCAUCAAGGAGGAUGGGGAGCCACGGGCAGUAAAGAACAAGGGGACGCUGGAGUUCGCGCUGCGACCGUACCGCAUCCCGGCGGAGGUCCUCCGAGAGAAGCACGAGGCGGUGCUGGGGAUGAUCACCAUCUUUUUGGGCGUCACCCCCCGGCAUUGCCAGUACCUGCACAUCUGGCCCCCCGCGUACGAGUGCAUGUCGGUCCUCGUGCCAAACCUUUGGAACAUCCCGUUCUGCGACUUCGGGAUCGGCACCAUAGACGGCGGGCUUCGCGGGCUCGUCGCCUACGUGAUCUCCAGGGAGUACGGGUGCGGGUAUUGCGCGGCGCACUGUGCCGCCCUCGGUACUGUCUGGCGAGGGGACAGCGUCUUCCUCGCGAAGAACAUCAAGGCCAUGGCGCCCGAGCCAGACCCGGAGGUGUUCACGCCCAAGGAGCUUUCCGCGAUCAACAUCAGCAAGAAGUUGGGGCCCGUGCCUUCCCGGGUUACGGCAGACGACAUCCGUGACAUGGCGUCCGUGUUCACGGAGAAAGAACAGGAAGGCGUCAUCAAUUCAGGCGUCGUCAUGGGCUUCCUCAAUCGAUUCAUGGACACCAUCGGGAUGACCCUUGAGAUGGAGCCGUUGGAGAUGGGCAUGAAGCAGCUCGCGCCCACAGGCUGGAAGCCCGGGCAUUCAUACGAUCCAGAGGCGGACGCCGAGCUGAUGGCGGAGGAUCGCGUCGAAGCCGUGAAGAGGGCCGAGAGGAAAUCCAAGUCCAACUUCUUGUCCUACAUCAAGAUGAUCAUCGGCGCUAAGUUGGCGGACAGAGCGAGCCUCAAAAACACUCCAACGGCGGAGCAAUCGGUAGCACAACAGUGCAUGGAACUGGCGGGCUUCGUCCCGUACUACUUGGUGGAGAUGAAGCACACCCAGGCCCGUAACGCCUUUGUGUGGGCCUUCACUUUACGGCUGUGCCAAGGCUCCGAGGAGGUGCCGGCCAAGCUCAAGCAGCUGAUGUGCUACAUCUGCGCGACGAACGCGGGCAACACGAUCCUGAGGGCCCACUACGCCUUCAUGGCGCAUCGCAACGGCAUGCCCAUCAGGCAGCUGGUCACUGCCACCAACGCCGACUCGAGCGAGGACGUGGCGGCGGAUGACACGAUCGACGCCAAGCAGGUGGCGGCGAUGGCCCUGGCGGAGGCAUGCAGUGGAACCCCUUCGACGGUGUCCCCGGUGCUCGUGGGGCUGCUGAUGCGACAGUACUCCCCGGCCGGGGUGAUCGAGCUAGUUGCCACCGUCUCGCUGGCCUUCAUGUACCACCGAUGGACGGCAAUCUACAUGCCGAGGGAGUACGAACCGGAGGUGCUCAAGUUCGUUCAGGAACACGGAGCUGCCCUAGGGAUCGACCCUGAGCGCCCUUGCACGAAGGAUCAAGCUACGUGGGAGGGCAUCGCCAAGGAGGCCCGCGCCGCUGCUGGCCUCGGGUAGUCGGGCAGGGAGGUCACAGACCGAAUCCAUCGUCACAGAGUCAGAUUUCCGGAGGCCUCCGAUUGCCAAGGGAGUGGGUCUUGGCGGCUGAUUUUGUUUCGCGGGUGCAGGGAGGGUGUCGCUAUGUGGAUGUGGUGGGUGUCUUUGCACGGGCAGUUAGUCUAACAGAGGUUGUAAGAUAGCGGCGAGUCUAUGCCUAUCUCGGGAAAACCUAGACUUGUUUCUGGCUUAUCGACGAAGCCUUUUGCGUUUUUUGUUGUUUUCGUCGUGGUGGUUUCUUGUUUGUCUCUCUUUUUUUUUUUUUUGGAUGGAGGCCAACAGGCAGGCGACAAUUAACAAGAAGAGAAAUAAAGGGCUGGCGUUUUUUUGUUUCUGACUGCUGUUGAGGACAGAUUUGCCAUAUGUAGAAGAGCCUCUUCGGCGUGUACCUUCGAGGAAACGCCGUGGUGCAACGAGACAGGGGAGAAACACAAGCGCCAUUGCGAGGCGGAGCUUAUCGAGCUCGUGUCCUGAGUCCCCUCGUAGGGCAGAGAGAGAGGCGCGCGCUGUGUCCGGGGUCGAUGAUCGUUCGUUAAGUAAAAUUGUGUCGUUGUUGCUGCUUGCGGCUGGGAAGUUGCUUUGCAGCUCUAGGGUGAUGCUCUUUGUUCGUGAAACGUCUUGUCCUUUCUCGCACUAUUAUACAUGUUAAUCGUCCUGGCAUCGGGGGGGGGUGAGGGGGCGGGGGAACUCGUUGAGCCAAGUCACGGUGACCCGUUUGCUAUAUACUGUAUAUGACACAAGAUAACACACCUCCUGGACCGGUUUUCAAAGCUCGAUUCUUCAACAGUAGCAACAGUCGUAGGGCCGAAAACGGUGAUGUUGAAGCCGUAUGUUCGAGAGCUCUCUGUAUCCUUUCGUCUAUGCAUCCUCUUCGUCGUGGGAGUAUUCGAGCUUUGACAAACGGUCCAGGGGGUGUGCUAUCUUGUGUCGUGUGCGGUACAUGCAGUCCUGUUUCGAUCUCGCUGCGAAAUCAGAUGUUACGGAGGUGGUAGUGUCGCAGGGUGUGCAAUGGCUCUUGAAAGAUGGUCGUUGUUCUGGGCCUGGCUACGUACCGGCCAACACGGAGGGACGGUGACGAGCAGAGGGGGCAAGCUCGGCAACCUUGAAGCUCCGCAAAGUUCUAUAUGGCUCUCGGCGUGUUGGCUGUUUCGCUGUGUGAAGUUUACGGAUGGGAUGUGUGCUCGGACUUUUCGCUUUCGUCUUGGAAAAUGUAGAUACAGUCGAGGGUUAGGGUUUUGACGCGUUGUUCUUCCAAACGGUUUCAUCGUUAAAGGGCGUCUGUUUUUCUCGCCCAAGCGCAUGCGGGGGUGGGGUUCCGUGUCGGUGUAUGGGUACCAUGUGUUGAAGAUUUUGAGCGAGAUUACGAGUGUAACUGUCGUGUCAUAUGGUCUAGCCGGGGGCUAGUACGUGCUAUGGUCGUUGUUGCACUGUGCUGAAGGCUGUGGUAUAACUAGCGGCAGCAGGUGUGCGGUUCCUAUGCGUGGUUUCCGAGCCUUGAUGUAUGUGUGCCUCUUAAGGGCGUGUGUGUCAGCCGCGCGCACGGGUAUGUAAGGGAGAGGCGGUACUGAUCGAUGCGGCCUGCUAUAGUGAGAGGCGCAACUGAUCAGUGCGGCCUUUGUUGGGGACAAAAAAAAAGAAAGGUGGUACUAUUCUAUAUAUGCGAUUUUCGUUGUUUCUUUUUUCGAAGUGUUUUUGUUUUAUGUCAGGAAAGCAAGGGCAGAGAGAGCGGCGGGGUGAUGGCGAUGUCAUCUAGUCCGUUUGGGUUCGUUGGCUGCCCAACGCUACAACAUAACCGCAUUUUUUUUUUACCAAUCAUCUAUCCACUUGCCACAAAUGUUUUUCUCUCUUCCAGCCUUGCCUUCAGCUGAAGCGUUGAUUCUCUCCGUACCCUCUGGAGUUGUAGUGCUAUUCCCUGCCGCCAAUCGUUGUAGCGAAUGAGGUAACCAGCGAGCCUCGUGAAUUACCGCGGCCUGCAUAAUCAUUUCUGCACUAGGUAUGUUGGAGACGAUGUGAUGGCUUUUAUGGCGGAGGGUUUUCUAUUCCUGUUCCUUACGAGGGAUGCGUGGCACAUCGCGCGCAACAGACUGCGAAGCCUUUUGCUGUUUUCUUCAUGUGUGUGUCGUGUGCAUCUAUCCUUGUUUGAAAUAGUUCUACGUUUCGUUGGUCCCAAGUAUCGAGUGUGUUUUGGAAUGAAUGUGGAUGUACCACGCUAUUUAGUCGGCUAUUCUGUAGUGAGAAAAAAAGAACACGUUCAUUUUCGAUUAUGCUGACAGGGGGUCCGCAGAAGUUGUGUGUACGGAUUUCCUCGAGAGAAUGGGAUUCUUUUUUCGACUUUUCUUCUGGAGCAAGCAGAGAGUCGAUUGGUUAAACAUGCAUGCUGAGGUUGUAUUCCCUCCCGCCAUCUUCUCGCAUUCAGAACCGAAGGCAAAGCAGAUACUGCAGGAGGGGUGGGUGGGGGGAAACCCCUCUGUGUGACCACGGGUUCGAGUAAACGGCACAAGUGGUAUCGGCGCUGAUUGGACGUGAAAGUCAAGGCAUCUACCCUUGACGUGCGCUCGCAAGCAAGCUCGAUUGUACAUGCACGCAUGAAACUGGUUGGGUUCCUUUUCGUUUCUGUUGAUGUUUUUUUUGGGGUUACAUUUGUUUUUAACGUGGAUCGAUUCUUCGCUUUGCACGGCGAGAAAUAGUCUGAACGACAGGGCCAGAGAGAAAGCCAUCAAGGAGUUUGAAAGUACUGCUGCAGAUUCUUUCGCUGGAGGGUGCUACGCGAUGUUGCACCUCUGCCCCUACUAUGCAUAGGUAGCGAACGCUAAAAUAGCACGCAAGGUUCGUGCCUAUACUGCUGUAGCUUCGCGAAAGAAAGGAAAUUUGCCACGAGUACAUGCUUUUGUUGGCAUUGCCUUGUACCGAGAAGAACAUCUUGCCCACAGAAGAGGAGGAGUGACUCAUGUUCCUCUUAACUGCCGACCAACUUUUGUUAGUCUGUUUGCAUGAUGAGUGAAGUGUGCCUGCCGAGUAGAGAUGGACACGGUUGGAAAAUAACCGGUAUCUCGGUUAUUUGGACACCGAGGAAGCGUUAUGAGUGACGCUUACCAAAAAAACUACGUCAACGAGGAGGCUUUUCAGCGCUAGUCGGUUUUUGCUCAUUGGUCGUUCCCUUCUGGUGCCCAUCUCUUCUUUGACACUUCAACACAUUGUGUGCGUGAAUUACUGCGCCAUACACCGGCAGAACACCGACUGGGUGAUUAAAAGAUGGUGUGUAUGCCAUGAAGCCACAAAACUUUUGAAAGAUUGCUGAGGCGUUUCCUUCCAUGAUCCGGUUGACCGGUUAACCGGGUCUGAAAAUAACAAAAUAACGGCUUAUACAGACAGGCUGUUGGACUCUGAGAAUACGGGUUCCUAGCCGGUUAUCGGUUAUUUGCUAUUCUCGUCCGGUGCCCAUGUCUACUACUACGGUCAUCGUGCUCUCCGUUUCUAACUACUCCCUCUGUCCGAGAAUAUAAGCAAGGUUUGGAAAUCCGGGAAUAUAAGCAAGGUUUGAAGAAUAUUGACGGAAACGUGCCAUUUGGGCACGGUGGACGUCGGACAACUUUGGCAAACGAUCACAUAUGACAUUGGAGAGAGAAAAAAAAAAAAUCCGCUCGAUGGGGGGGGGAUGGUGCGUUACCAUCCCCUGGUCCGGGAAAAGGCGGAAUUUUGGCAUACCCAGCGACAGGACGUAAUAUCUGUCCAGUGUGAUGAAAGUACUUCGAAGAGCUAGAAUUAGACAUAACGCCACUUUUUGGAUGAAAAAACAUGGAGCAUCACGAAAAGGGAGGGGAUGGUUAAUUAUCAUCCCCGUGUUCACGUCAUCAUAGAAAACCAACAUGACCCGCGCCCCGAACCUGCUGCCUGUUUCUGCGCCUGCCCAUCAGCCUCGGUAGCCAAACAACUCUACUCCAUGGCAGCCGUCUCCGUUUACACAGUCCGGCGAAACCGUAAUCGGCCGCCCCUUGCCCCACUGCAGCCGCUCCCUGCUACUUCUCGGUCACACGAUCUACUGCAUACUCCGGAGUACACCGCAACCACCUCAUUCUACGCCGCCCCUGGCCCCCCUGCAGCCCCCCCU